CUGAUGCAGGCUGCUCCUGCUGCUGCUUGCGUUUAAAAGUCUUUCCAUCGAUUGGAGAGGGUGAAUGGGACUGGACUGGAUGGAAUAACCAACACGCUUUGCACGACGUCAUAGGACGUGAUUAUACACUGAAACGCGUUAAAGACCUUCAAGUCGUCGUGAUAUUGUCUGUUUAUAUGCUCGGAGACACUAAAUAUCGGCGCGCGACAAGAAAACAUCGGCGCGCGCUUCUCUUCAAAUGAGCUCAGAUUGGAGAGUCACUGGAGCCUGUUUAAAAGCAAGCAAGGACCUAACUUUAUAUAAUUUGAGAGCUCCAGCUACUGUGUUGGAUCAGAGACGACGUCUACGGCUUCAGCCCUCCAGGCCAUGAGUAGUUUCAAAGGGAAGGAUGUGGAAAAACAGGGCAUCAAGCUGCCAAAAAAAUGGGUUGAUCAUAAUGACAAAAUCCCCACAGACCGCACGAUGGUUGUUGGGGGAGUCGUGAGAGGAGGAGACUCCUACAAUCCUGCAGGAGGACCUUUGAAGAAACGGCGCCAGCGCUAUGUGGAGAAGGACGGGAAGUGCAACGUCCACCAUGGAAAUGUGCGUGAAACCUACCGUUACCUAACGGACAUCUUUACCACACUUGUGGACUUAAAGUGGCGUUUCAAUCUUUUGGUGUUUACACUCGUCUACACCACCACAUGGGUGUUCUUUGGUCUCAUUUGGUGGCUCAUCGCCUAUGUGCGUGGAGACCUGGACCAUGCUGACGACAAUGACUGGAUACCUUGCGUAAAUAACCUCAAUGGGUUUGUCUCAGCUUUCCUUUUCUCAAUUGAGACGGAAACCACUAUUGGUUAUGGGUACCGUGUCAUUACAGACAAAUGUCCUGAGGGUAUCAUCCUUCUUCUGGUGCAAGCCAUCUUGGGCUCUAUUGUCAAUGCCUUCAUGGUGGGCUGUAUGUUUGUUAAGAUCUCACAGCCAAAGAAGCGUGCUGAAACGCUUAUGUUCUCCAACACAGCUGUGAUUUCAAUACGGGACAGCAAACUGUGUUUGAUGUUCCGUGUCGGUGACUUGCGUAACUCGCACAUUGUGGAGGCCUCCAUUAGAACCAAGCUGAUCCGCUCUAAGCAGACCAAGGAAGGAGAGUUCAUCCCUCUAAACCAGACGGACAUCAAUGUAGGGUUUGACACAGGGGACGAUCGGCUGUUCCUGGUGUCACCUCUGAUCAUUUGUCAUGAGAUUAAUGAAAACAGCCCCUUCUGGGAGAUCUCUCAAGAGCAACUGGCACGAGAGGAGUUUGAAAUAGUCGUCAUCUUGGAAGGAAUGGUGGAGGCCACAGGAAUGACAUGUCAAGCCCGCAGCUCGUACCUCAACUCAGAGGUGCUUUGGGGAGAGCGCUUCACCCCUGUGCUCUCAUUGGAAGAGGGAUUUUACGAGGUGGAUUAUGACACUUUCCACCACACCUACCCCACCCCAACCCCGUCCUGCUCCGCACGGGAACUAGCAGAACUGGCAAAGAAAGGGGAAGCUAUCCCCCUGCCUCCUAUUUCACCCCCAGCCACCCUGGGAGAGCCUGUACACCCAGAGGAGAUGCCUGAUGAAGGUAAACUGGAAGGAGAAGCAGCAGCAGCUGCUGCAGAAGAGACUGUUAGCAAUGGUGAUGUGAACAGAAUGGAAUGUGGACAUGAAGAAUGACCGAGUCCGUUUGUUUUGUGAUAAGGCUUAUGCUGCCCCCGUGUGGACAGAUGGAACAUUGCAGCGUCAUUGACGAAGAAGACAAGAACUUGCACCUGCAUUUCCGUUUGCUUCAGCCACAUAAACUGAAGUAUUGUAAAAAUCUAUAGGCCUAUAGGUCUACAUUUUGUCAGAGAGCUUACAUUGGUACUCUUAUUAAUAACUGUUUUCAAGUAUAGUACAAAAUCAGAUAGUAUUAAAUAAAAAUUUUGAUAAAAAAAUACUUAUAUUUCAAUUCUGUCAAGAUUUACUCACCCUUAUGAUUUCCCCCAUGGAACACAAAAGGAGAUAUACAGGGCCGUACACACCGAACGCGUUUUGUGUCCAUCUGCUCUGUUUUUCAAUUCAACAUAAAAUUGCUAGACAGACGUCUGUAUUUUGCUGUUUUUUUCAGCGUCUUGUGCUGGAGUCUGCAUUUUAUUUUAGACAUAGUGUCAAGUUAUUUAAAACUCAUCUCGAGACCUGCAUUCUGUUCAAUUAGUUGUGCUGCAUGCGCCUAGUUUUGUGUGUGUUUGUGCAAUAACGCAUUCAGUCUGAAUGUUAGAGACUGACAAUCUCAGUCAAUAUUCGCUUCCAUUGUAUGGAAAAAAGAGAGCAGCGCAAACAUUAUUAAAAAUGUCUCAUGUUCUACAGGGGGGAAAAAAAUUAAUAUGAGGUUGGAACAACAUAAGGGUGAGUAAAUGACAACAGAUUUUUCAUUUUUGGGUGAACCAUCUCUUUAAAACCUCAUUCAGCUUGAAUUUAAAUGUAAUGUAUUUGAUUAAAGGGAAAGUUCACCCAAAAAUGAAAAAUUUGUUGUCAUUUACUCAACAGAGUAUCUUGCCAUCCCAGAUGUGACUUUCUUUCUUUUGCUGAACACAAGGAUUUUUAGAAUAAUAUUUCAGCUCUGUAGGUCCUCACAAUGCAAGUAAAUGGUGGCUAGAAUAUUAAAGGUCCAAAAAGGAGAAA